AUGCAAGACUUGCGUCGAUCGCGGACUCUCGCUGUCGUGCGCCUACGUUCGAUUGAUCAACUCGAAAAGCUCGUCACCAACCUUAUUGGCGGCAGCGCAGUUGAUAUCGUUAAUCCUGCGCAAUCUAGUCCUGCACAAGAGCAAUAUCAUAAUGGAGACAGCAAUGCCGAAGUUCCUGGAACUCCGGAUCACGUAAAACUCAGCAGUGACACUACAAGCUAUACUAACAGUGGACAUUGGACAAGCAUUCUUGAUAGUAUAUCGGAGUUACGCGAACACCUCGAUCAGAUUCCCACGUCAACCGUUCCCAGAGAUGAAGCACUGGAUGAUGUACCCGGUCCGGAGCUGCUGUUUGGACGCUAUCCACAUGCGACGAAAGAGGAACUACUCGCCGCUCUCCCUCCGCGAUCAGAAGCAGAUCGGCUCAUAAAUACGUUCUUCGUAUCAAUGGAAACACAUCCCAUACUGAUACAUAAACCAACCUUUCUCAACAAGUACAACGAUUUUUGGAUACGACCGUUUGAAACUCCCACCAUGUGGUUAGGCCUACUCUAUGCCGCAUUCGCGCUCGGCUUCCGGUUCCAAGCCGCAAUGGACGCUCAUCAACCUGGUGAUUCCGAUCUAGCUACUGACUCGGUGCGCAUGAACUUUUACCGCGAAAAGGCGGUGCAAUGCAUGAUUCUUGCAAACUAUACCAAGACCCCACCGUAUACGAUCGAGGCGUUCUUGCUCUAUUUCGGAACAGAAUUCAUACGCUCAGCAGACAGCCAGUUCAGUGUGUACAUGCUCGUCGGCUUGAUGGUACGCCUCUGUUUUCGCAUGGGGUACCACAGAGAUCCAUCGAGAUUCCCGAACAUAUCCCCCUACACAGGUGAGCUGCGACGUCGCAAGUGGCUUGUAAUCAUGUCACUUGAUCUUAUCACCUCUGCUCAGGCCGGAUUGCCGAGAAUGAUCAUGCCAUUUAUGCAUGACACUCAAGAGCCUCGCAAUCUAGAUGAAGACGACCUUUACGAAGACAUGCUGGAACUGCCACCAUCGAGGCCUGAAAACGAAUUGACGCAACUGCUCUACUCGAUCCUUCUCACAAGAGUGCGGCGUGUUCAGGCACGGAUCUUAGACCUAGUCAACAACACAUCUCAGCCACCGUACCGAGAGAUCGCCGACAUAGACAUUGAGCUAAGAGGAGUGUUUGAUGGGAUACCACAGUCCUCCAAGGCCAAUACCGUUGAGGAUUUUGGUAGGGCUCUGUCACCAGACGCUAUGCGCCGUUUGUAUCUGGACCUGGCUUUCUUGAAGGCCGAGCUUAUGUUGCACCGACCGUACCUUGUACUUGGCCGAUCCGAAACCAGAAUCGAUGCGGAGGUUCAACCAGGAGGCAAACUGUGUUCUCCAGGGUGGCGCAUCUCUACCGUGAGUUGGUACAUGUCUUCCACUGUUGCACAAGAUUUUCUUCUUGCGACCACUGUCCUAGUUCUCGAGCUUGACGCGGACCUCGUGUCUCCCAUUUUACAAGCUCCUGAGCCCACCGAAAGCGGGAUGCGAUUGGACCAUGCACCGCCCACGCGCGAGGAAAUUGUAGAUUCAUUACGGUCAGCGUGCCGCAUUUGGUCCAGAGCUAGCAGGAGAUCUCAAGAAGCGCGGAAAGUUACUACAGCUGUGAAACUUGUUCUUUCCAAAGUGGGCAAUUCUAGGGUACAAAUUGUAGACUCUGCACAUACAACUUUUCCAGACGCCCAGCUCAAUCUUACUUCCCCAUCACCGUCUCUUGACUUCAACGAUCUUGGAUCUGCUGCUCCCGGUUCGGAUCCUUUUGAUAUGGGCAAUGGUGCUUUUGGUCAUCCGUUCGACUUUGGCUACAUGCCAAUGGAUCUGGACCAGCCUACACUACCUUUCGACUGGGGUGAUGUAUUUCCUAACCUUCCGGCGCAGCCUUAUGGAGAAUACCCUCCACGUUCGCUCUUCUAG